AUGGAGAAUGGCAUAGUCGACUACUCCCAGCACAAUUCGACAAAGAUCGAAAACCUCGGCUCUGCAUCUAAUGUCAUUCUCAUCGACAACUAUGAUUCUUUCACUUGGAAUAUCUAUCAAUACCUGGCCCUUGAAGGUGCUUCAGUCACUGUCUACCGCAAUGACCAGAUCACGCUGGAGGAGCUGAUUGCCAAGAAGCCCACACAGUUGGUAAUCAGUCCUGGCCCUGGCCAUCCAGACACCGAUGCAGGAAUUAGCAAAGCAGCAAUCAAGGAAUUCAGUGGGAAAAUACCCGUGUUUGGGGUCUGCAUGGGCCAUCAAUGCCUAAUUUCUGUGUUUGGUGGCAAGGUUGAUGUGGCGGGKGAGAUCUUACAUGGGAAAGCCUCGGUAUUGAAGCAUGAUGGAAAGGGCGUGUAUGACGGGCUACCGGCUUCAUUAGAUGUUGCUAGAUACCAUUCCCUUGCAGGCAUACAUCCUACACUUCCCGACUCGCUCGAAGUGUCGUCUUCGACGAAUCUGGAACAAGACGCAAAGCCUAUUAUCAUGGGAUGCAGGCACAAAGGCAAAAAACCUACGGAACUUCCUGCUGGCCAAGGAGAAUGUGACACGGCCAGCCAUGCCUUCCUCAAUCUUUCUCGAUCACCCGGUCCUGAAACAUGCGAAAAGGCUGGCAAGGCCGGUACUUGUUCGGGCGCGACAGAUGAGUUUGCAAAAGGAAAAGAAAGAAGCUAUGUCGCCUCCUUGGAGGGAUAUUGCGAGAAGCUAGAAAAACGUCUUGCCGAAUUACGGCGUCGCAAGGAAGCGCAGGGGUCAAAUCAUUACAGCGGGCAAGAGGUGCCGCAAAGUUCCAUUACGGCCUUUGCAGCCGAAAAUAGCAGCUCAAGGGCUCAUCGUAAGGAAGUCAGAGAUAUAGACGACUUAGUGGGGGACUUUGGCUUUCUAUCAGUCAAUGCCACAUCGCGAGACUUCCAUGGUAUCACGUCGAAUGUGUCUUUUGCACAGCUCCUAUUGACGUUAUCAAUCGUGAAACCGCUUCCGCAACUGGCUCCUCAGCCGCUACCUUCAAGACGAGAAGCGACAAGGUUUGUUCAAUACUAUUUCGACAACAUAUUGACGCAGCUGCCACUCUUUACCGAGACUACGUUCUGGACUUCUGUAGAGGCAGUUUAUCAGGAUGGAGGCCGGUUUGCGAAGCCGAUUGACCAGUGGAUGGUAUACAUGGUCCUUGCAAUCGCAUCUGCUUCAUUAUGGCACCAGCAACCGAGCGUCAACCAACAAUUCGCUCUAUCCAUGGUAUCAGCAGCAAUGCCAUUUGCAGGAGAAGUCCUACAACCUGGCUCAAGUUCCGGCAUCCAGGCCAUCCUUCUUCUAGCACAAUAUUCACUAUUCAAUCCUGAACACUUUCGUCCUCGCUUCCUAAUAUUCUUCGCGUCUCGAGUAAUGAUAGACUUAGGACUCCAUCAAGAUCCUCCAACGGAAGUGGUCGUCGACAGAGAGCGUCUGGAGCGGCGGCGACGGCUCUUCUACGCGCUAUAUACCUUGGACCGGGUUGUGUGUACGUCUUUAGGCCAUAGCUUUUCAUUCUCCGAUCUUUCCGUCGAUGUUGACCUCCCAAUCGUUCGCGUGCUUCCUGUGGAUUUACCUAAUGAAAAUGUAUUCAUGAGAAAAUCGGACUGUGCAACGCACAUGAUCAAGAUUCGGCGAAUUCUAUCAAAGGGCUACCAGCAAAUGUACUUCGAUGGGCGAGACCCUGUGCCUCAUGCACUAGCCCGGACGUGGAAACUUUGCGCAGACGCGCGAGAAUGGUACGCCGAUGCGCCGAUAACAAGGACAAGUUCAAUUGGUCUCCUGUACCGGCUUGAGCUAUUGUAUUGUACGAUUGUUUUUUUGUCGCCUUCAUUUGGCGACCCGGAAAUUUGUGACUUCAGCCGAGUUGUGCUUUUUGAUCGAUGCAUUGACUACGUCAGCCAGCUCCACCAAGUAUUGGAACAACCAGGCAGCCUUCCCUUUAUGACAUUCGUGGAUAUCCGACGAGUAUACCAGGUUGGAGAUCGGUUGGUCAAUAUCUUGGAAGAAAGUUAUGAUUUGCUUUUGAGCAAUCAACUGCCUGAGCCUCCUGCCGUUCCGCCUGGUACACCUGAGCCUCCAUAUCUUGCGGUGGAAGACCGGAUAAAUUGUCGCUCCCGCGCCGCAAGAUGUUUGCAGUAUAUAAUCGAUAUACUGCAUUAUGGUUGUACCAGAUGGAAUAUGCGGGAUGAAUUGGACAGUUUUGUGCGGGAGUCAAUCACUGUCAGGCAACGAUUAUCUCCAGAUGAAGGAUCCUCUUCUCAAGCGGGGUCGCAAAUCCCGCCGUAUACCUACGCCGCACAGAGUUCAUUGCCUGCCAAUGACCAUCCAGCAUCUCAAACAUACCCGGAUUCUGGUCCUAACUACCAUUAUCAAUGA